AUGCCUAGAUCAAGGAUAAAUGGAAAUUUUAUUGAUAAGACCUUUUCAAUUGUGGCCAAUAUCUUAUUACGAAUAAUUCCGACAACUUCAGGAGAAAAAGAGGCAUUUACUUAUUACAGAGAUGGGAUGUCAGCUCAAUCCGAAGGAAAUUAUGCGGAAGCUUUACAGAAUUAUUACGAAGCUAUGCGACUAGAAAUCGAUCCCUACGAUCGAAGUUAUAUACUCUAUAAUAUAGGCCUUAUUCACACAAGUAAUGGAGAACAUACGAAAGCUUUAGAAUAUUAUUUUAGGGCACUUGAACGAAACCCAUUCUUACCACAAGCUUUUAAUAAUAUGGCAGUGAUCUGUCAUUACCGGGGAGAACAGGCCAUUCAACAGGGGGAUUCUGAAAUUGCGGAGGCUUGGUUCGAUCAAGCCGCUGAGUAUUGGAAACAGGCUAUAACACUUACUCCUGGAAAUUAUAUUGAAGCGCAUAAUUGGUUGAAGAUCACGGGGCGUUUCGAAUAA